AAACAGUGGUCUGUAUGAAUAGCUUCAACAUCGACAGCAUCCACUCAGGAGAGAGGACGACUAGUGAAACAACAGCAGCAGCAGCUAGCCUGGAGACAAAGAGCAAACUGGGCUUUCGCAUCCGGCUUGUGAGUCCUGUUUGUCGCUCUGGUGUCCGGGAGAGGCGGCGCUGAAAGGCCGGUGGCGGUGGUUUUAGUAUCGAGAUUGCACUGUUGGACUUUAUCCUCGCAGAGAGCUAGUUAGCUAACGGCGGAGAGUAAGUUAUAGCCACGCAGUGAUUUGUGCUGGUGAGUUAUCGCUAAAGCUGGAUGUGAAUGCUGAGGGAGUCCUAAAAGUUGAUGUCGAUAGGACAGGCUCUCCCCUUGUCAUGCAGACCCAUCUUUGUCGUGUCCCUCCGGCCACUGACUCAACCUUGUCCUGGGCGAAGUGAUAACAACUCUGAAGAUGGCGAGUGCUUUAGACAGCGACUACAAAACUGACAACAUCAAGCCACUGCACUGGCACGCUACACAGCUGGUGUACCCGAGAUAAACUGCUAACACGGGUUAAGUUGGGCAGUUAAUGUAAUGGCAAAAGGUUGCCUGUAUGCCUUACUAUGCCAGUGCAGUAAGAGCACCAGAGCAAUGGACUACUACUUAUGCUGAAGCCAUCGUCUUCAAAGUUUGUGAUUACUUGUCUCUGUUGAGAUGGACUUUGACUGUGUUUAGACGCUUUCUAGGAACCUGUAACAUAACAGCUGCUUCCAGGUCAAUCUGAGCUCCACUGCUGGUCCCCAGAGGCUGUUUGAGGACCGACAUGUCAAUGUCAGGGGCUACGACCGUGCAGCUUUUCACCAAGCUUGUAAAGCACGCAGUGGGCAAGACGCAGAUCCAGCUGAACCGCUGGCUGCAGAGGACCUCCACGGAUGAGUGUGACAAAAUAGACAUCCUAAUAUGCAACGCUUUUGAUGAGAGGGGGGCUGGCUUGGGGAAGUCGGACGGUGUUCCCGAGGCCAGCGUUGACACAGGGGGGGCGACCUUCACCGGUGGUGCAGAGUUCAGACAUCCAUGCUGUAUCACCACCUUCUGUUUCAAAAGCGCCCUGCUGGCAUGCAUCCUCACUGCUGUGUGCUUCUCCUCGGUGGCUCUGGUACGCCAAUACCUGAAGGACCUCCUGCUUUGGGUGGAGAGUUUGGACAGCUUUGUUGGAGCCAUGCUCUUUAUAGUUGGUUUGAUUAUCGUGUCCUUUCCAUGUGGAUGGGGAUAUAUUGUUCUUAAUGUGGCUGCUGGCUACCUCUACGGCUUUGUGCUGGGCAUGGGACUAGUUAUGGUGGGGGUUUUAAUAGGGACCUUUGUGGCACACGUGGUGUGCAAACGACUGUUGACUGACUGGGUGCUGAACAAAGUUGGAAACAACGAACAGCUCAGUGCCGUCAUACGCGUGGUGGAAGGAGGAAGUGGACUCAAAAUUGUGGCCUUAGCAAGACUCACCCCCAUACCUUUUGGACUCCAAAAUGCAGUUUUCUCGAUCACAGAUGUGUCCUUGCCAAACUACCUGGUGGCCUCCUCUGUGGGCCUGUUGCCCACACAGCUUCUCAACUCCUACCUGGGCACCACACUUCGUACCAUGGAGGACGUCAUCGCUGAGCAAAGCGUCAGCGGCUACUUCGUGUUCAGCCUGCAGAUCAUCAUCAGCAUCGGCCUGAUGUUCUACGUCGUGCAUCGGGCUCAGGUAGAGCUCAACGCAGCCAUCGCCGCCUGCCAGAUGGAGCUGAAGUCGUCACACAUGAACGGCUCCUCCACCAAUCACAGCAACUUCACCUACUGCAGCAAGAGGGUGACAGCUGGAAGCGGAAACUGCAUCAACAUCGUGUGACCUCGAAUCGCCACAUGUGGCUGUAGCAGCCACAACCUGGUCACCCAAUUGUAAAGUGCGUAUCCUUGAGGGAACCAGCACAGUUCAGCUGGUGUCCCAAACACGCCGGCGGCACGGUAACGUACUGCAGCGAUCGUCCCGGCAUCUCGCUCUGAGCACCCUAAAGGUGUUCGCCUGUAGUCGGUGUGGAAGUGCGGGACCAUGCGCCUGACAAUGGUGCCGAUGAAAGUGGUACAUCAUCAUGGUAGUUUGUUUAUUUGUUUUUUGUUAAUGGUACUUUUUUACAUCUGUUACAUAAGAUGUCUGCGGAAAUAUGACGUUCUCACCGCAACCUGUGAAAUAGUCACAAUAUUUCAUCCUGUCUUUUGUGCUCAUGCAGAACUUCAACUUACAAAGCCCACACUGGGAGGUGGGAGACGGUGGCAGUGGCAUAAGUUAAUCAUACACUUAUGAGACUGUAUUGUGAAUGCUGGACAGGAGCAGAGCUUUCAGACUCUGUUUUAUUACUUUUACGUGUAAGGUUUUUCUUUCUUUUGCUGCGGUUUGGGUUUAGGCACCAAAAGCACUAACAAAAUACUAGUUUGGGUUAAAAUGCAAAGUUUGUUUUCUACAUGAUCUAACGUGACUGUUUCACUUUUGCCGUGAGAGCGAGCAAAAAUAUGGCGGGUAGCACAGUGAGUGAGUUUUUAAGUACAUGGCAGGAAACAAGAUGCCUGCUUUAUUUCUGAAUGUGCAAUGUGAAGCUUUCAAGAAAGGAACUGAUUUUACUUUUAAUUUCAGUGUCAAAAGAACACCAGCCUAUACACCUUUAUUUCAAAGUAUACCUGUUUUGAUUUUAUUUCAGGUGAUUGAAUUAUUUUGCUUAUUUGCAGUAUGAGUAAUAAGGGCAUUAUUAAUAUUUUUGAAUUAUUUUGCGUUUAAUUAUGGUUCCUAUUUUUUUUUUUUUUUUUUUUAAGUGUCUUAAUUUUGGACUAAGGAGAAGGCGGGAACGCUCCCAGUGUGCGCAGGCUUUGUGGCGACUUCAGCUGCCUGGAUAUCAGUUUGAGCACCUCCUGCAGGUUUGAUAGGAGAGCCAGGAAGUUUAUAAUCCAAUAUGUUUAACUCAGAGCCGCACGCCCUGCGAGUGAUUCCCGCAACAUUGGUGAUCCAUUUUGAUUUUUCGUUAAUGUUCAUUUUGUUUUUGUUUUUGCUGUGAGAUUUCUCUUUUUUGGGAGAAUUAUACAGGUUUUUUCUCUUUUCUUUAAAAUGAUAGAUUUGAUAAAUCAGUGCAAUACAUCGAGGAACGAAACGGCAAGAAUGUCACAUUUCAGUGCUGAAACCAAACUAAUAAGAAAUGCUGUCAUGCAUACGACAUAACACAAACCCAAGUCUGUGUGUUAUUUGGGGUUUAUCUUACUUAUAUUAUAGAGGUGUGAGCUCAAUGAGAUAAAGAAGCUUUUAUUUUUUAAUGUGCCGUGAAUUGAGGAAGAUUAUCAGAUGUUAUGACCCCGGCCUCGCCUGAGGGGAGGCUGAGUGCAACUUAGGACUUUUUACUUGUUGUUGGUGAUGAUAGACAUCACCUGAUAACUUUUUAAUUUCUUUAAGCUCUUAAUACAACAAGGAUCUCAUGCUGUAGGUUUGUUUGCACAGUCCACUACAGACAAACAUUAUUUUCAUACAGAUGAACUACAAAUGGGUUUGGUUGGUCAAAAGGAGAGCUGGAUGUGUCUGAGAAGCCGACAAUCAAACACAACAUGGACACUAAGUGAUGAAUGUGAUACUACUUUUUAUUUUUUACAUUUAUUGUGAUGCUGCUCCUCAGACCAAGUCUGAUAGAGGAAUAUUAAGGGCUCUUAUUUAAAAGAUUAAAAAAAAUUACACAUCUUAAUGUCCCUGUAGUUGUUCACAAAAAGCCUGCUUUGUGAUGCUGGUGCAAAUUUUUGUUUUGUUUUUAAUUUUAAUUUUCAUACCUUUUUGUUCUUCUUAGCGCCACCCAAACACAUUCCAUGCUGUCAGUCAACUGGCAAGCUGUAGAGUUAUUUUCACACUAAAUGUUGGUCUAAGGGGCCCCUUCCGGUUUGAAUUUAGCAAUAAUUUUGACAGUUUAAAGCAAAAACCCCCAACCGUAUAUACCAGUAAGCUCUUCAGCCAAGUGAGGGGAAUCGUCCAGUAGGGUUAUAACGUGAACAAAAAGCUGCAUUUAAGUUAUUUGAUCUAUAUUCCACUGUAAGCUCGAGUAUCACCAUUCCCAGGUUUGUGUUACAGUGUUCAGCCUGCCUUUUACCUCCCGCUGCCUCUUUGACAGACAUCUCUGAGCUGCCUAUGAUUUGAUGGAGACGUCGCGAGACACGCUGGUAUCUGUGAUCAGAACGGCUUGUUGGAAGAGUCCCUGAAAUGACUGACUGCUUGCACACAGACCACACAAACAUCUUUAUUGUUAGAUCGAAACACUUUUACAGGUUCUUACUUGAAUUGAAAGUUUACGUAUAGAGGGAGAGAGGGGAACAUGUUUUACAGCUGAUAGCUUGUGAAAAAAAAUCACUUAACACUUAGCUGGUCAUAUUUUGAAAGCACGGAAAUAUGGUUUGUUUUAAAGUCUUAGAUGUCCCCUAACAGAGACUCUCCAGAAACGUAGCGUGAUUAAUGAAGCUGUUCUGCUCAGAAGUGGGAUUUUUUUUUUUUUUUUUUUUUUUUUUUUUUUGCCAUGUUUAAUGCAAAAA